GGGAAAAGCAAAGAAGCAGAGGGAGAGGUGGGGAAGGAAGGGUAUGCAGGGGGAGUUAAGGGAAAAGGGGUAGAGAAUGAGCAAGAUAAAAUAAAGGUUUGACAGAAGAGAAAUAAAGAAGGGGGGAUACAGAAACCCAGGAAUGAGAGAGAGAGGAGAGGAAGGGAGGAAUAGGGAGAUAGUGGGUUAGAGAAAAAGGACCUGAGAGAAAUAGAAAUAAAGGCAGAAAAGAGGGAUUGGAGAAAGGGGAGGAAGAGAAAGGUAGAGAAGCGAGAGACGAAUAUGGUAAAGGGAUAGAGGUGGGGAGAGAGAAAGAUUGAAAUAAAUUGAAGAAUAAAUAAAGGAAUAAGAGCUGAAGGAACGGAAAAGGGAAAAGGAGAGGAACAGAGAUCAGGAAGGAGGGGAGAGAAAUAGGGGAAAAGAGAGGCAGAAAUAGAGGGCCAGAAGGAGCUAGAAGUGAAGAGGGGAAUGUAUUGAUCGGUAGGGAGGAAGUGGAAAAGCUGGGCGGUGGAGGGGACAGGGGGUAGCUGUCCUGACCCUUUAGGGCACCCAUCCUGAGGCUACCCCGGGGGACAGGUUGGUGAGGAGAGUGGGGUAGGGGGAAGGAGUAAGAGAAAGAGGGAGAGACCCAGUGGGAACCAGGCAGAGCGAAGCAGAGAUUGGCAGCGAGACAGCACACAGAGAGGGGGUAGGGCGGUGGAAGGUUCCCUCCCCUCCAGCUUUCCCUUCCCAGGGGGUCCCCCUGCCCCUCCCUGCCUGGCCCCUUCCCCUUCAGGAACGGCUGAGCGGCCAGGGCCAUGGGGAGAGUAGGUGGCCUCAGCCCACCUAGGGUCCUGCUGCUGCUGGGGGCCACACUGGGGGCCACAGCUCACAUCCGUCCCAUGCUGGCCCCGGAGGACUGGUGGACCUACAAGGACAGCCUCCAGGGAAACUUCGUUCCAGGGCCGCCGUUCUGGGGCCUGGUGAAUGCGGCCUGGAGCCUCUGCGCCGUGGGCAAGUGGCAGAGCCCCGUCGCUGUGGACACCGGCAGGGUCCUCUAUGACCCCUUUCUGCCCCCGCUGAGGCUCAGCACUGGUGGAGAAAAGCUCCGGGGGACCCUGUACAACACGGGUCGCCACGUGUCCUUCCUGCCGGCCCCCCGACCCGUGGUCAACGUGUCGGGGGGCCCCCUGCUCUACAGCCACCGGCUCAGCGAACUGCGGCUGCUCUUCGGCGCCCAGGACGGGGCCGGCUCCGAGCACCAGCUCAACCACCGGGGCUUCUCCGCUGAGGUCCAGCUGAUCCACUUCAACCAGGAGCUGUACGGCAAUCUGAGCGCCGCUUCCCGGGGCCCCAACGGGUUGGCCAUUCUGGCCCUCUUCGUCAACGUGGCCGGAAACUCCAAUCCCUUCCUGAAUCGCCUCCUUAACCGCGAUACCAUCACUCGCAUCUCCUACAAGCACGACGCCUACUUCCUUCAGGACCUGAACCUGGAGCUCCUCUUCCCUGACAGCUUUGGCUUCAUCACCUACCAGGGCUCCCUCACUGCCCCGCCUUGCUACGAGACGGUCACCUGGAUCCUCAUCGACCAGCCCCUCAACAUCACCUCCCUGCAGAUGCACUCCCUGCGUCUCCUGAGCCAGAACCCGCCCUCUCAGAUCUUCCAGAGCCUCAGUGGGAACACCAGGCCUCUGCAGCCCUUGGCCCACCGGGCCCUAAGGGGGAACACCGACUUCCAGCACCCAGAGCGCCGUUGCCGGGGCCCCAAAUACCGCCUUCACGUGGAAGGCUCUUCCCCACCAGCCACUUCGUAACUACCAAGACUCCCUGCCUCUGGAGAAGAAAGCUGUGCCACCUCCCACCCCCUGCCAAGACAGACCUUCACCGCCAACGUCUAUUCCCCUUUCCUGAGGAGCUCCCGUCCCCACCCCUUCUCAGAGAAUCUUCCCAAGAAGGUGACUUUCCAUGAAGAUCUCCAUCAUGGGAGCGGGGCAAACCCCUUCCCCUGCACCCUCAUGAUUGGGUACCUCCAAUUAUUAAAGAUUUAGAAUACUUCA